AUGUCCUACCUAGGCUCCAUCGAGGACACCAUUCCCCUCCCCACCUCCGCCUCGCGCAUUCCGCGCCUUGGUUUCGGUGUCUACCGCUCCCCAACCCACCAGACUGUGAAGUCGGUACACAAGGCCCUCGAGGUCGGAUACCGACACAUUGACACAGCCCAGUUCUACGGCAAUGAGCUUGAGGUUGGCGAGGCCAUUCGCUCCUCCAACGUGCCUCGCGAGGAGGUGUUCGUCACAAGCAAGAUUCUCAGCCCUGCGGGGUCACCCGAGACUACAUACGAGAAGCUAGUAGAGAGCGUGGAGAAGAUCGGCGGACCGGGAGGUUAUGUUGAUCUGUUCUUGAUUCAUAGCUCCAAAUCUGGUUUUGCCGGUCGGAAGCAUCUCUGGCAGGCACUGGAGAAAUUGCAAGAGAACGGCAAGGCCAAGUCCAUUGGUGUGAGCAAUUUCGGUGUGCAUCACAUUGAGGAGAUGAAGUCGUAUGCGAAGGUGUGGCCGCCACAGGUCAACCAAAUUGAGCUCCACCCCUGGUGCCAACAGCGCACAAUCGAUGAAUACUGCCAGAAGCUUGGCAUCAUCGUCGAGGCCUACUCGCCUAUUGUGCGAAACUAUAAAGCAAAUGACCCCACGCUGGUUGAGGUGGCGCAGAAGUACAACAAGACAACCCAACAAGUCUUGAUUCGUUAUGCGUUGCAGAAGAAUUGGGUGCCACUACCCAAGACCGAUAACCCGGAUCGCAUCGUUGCCAAUGCCGACGUUUUCGACUUCAAUCUCCGCGCAGAGGAUAUUGAGCUGCUGGAUUCAUUUGAUCAAGGGGACGCCGGAGCUAUCGUUGAGGCCGUGGCCAACGAAUGA